AUGUCGAACGUCAACUGGGUAUGGGACCAGCGAUACCAGGAUUACUACUGCAUCACGUUGGAUGCGUACCAACGUCCGAUAUAUCACUGGUCUAAACAGCAGGCCCAAGCGGACAUCGCCGAACCCCUUCCAAGGCAGGACUCGGGCAGUCAACAGAACAAUGGCGCAAACGUGGCCCAGAUGCCCGAGCCUGCCCCGCAGGAUGCUCGUGCACUGAGAGGCUUCAUUCAGGGGACGCCACAGACCGGCUGGUAUGAUCUUCUGGACCAGAGCUACCGAAUGAGGACUGGCUCUGAAGCUCACACUUUCUUCGUAGUCGGAAAGGUUUUCGCAAUGUUGUACACUGAGGCUGCGGGAGGAACUGCCCCUGCGUACCCAAGCGACGAUGCAUACACCAUUGUUCGGUUCAAUGAAGUGGUAUACACAAACAUCCGUCGGUUCGUGGUAGUCGCGGUUCGUCAUGGCUUCGUAAAAGCCUGUGGAAUUGGUACAUAUUCCGGGCGUGGAGCCCUUAAAGACGGUUGCAGGCCAUCCGAACAUGCCAUCGUCUACCUCCCCGGGACAGAUCCAAACUCCUGCUAUAUCCCAGGAGAGUACGAAAACGGAAUGGAUAAGGAAGCCAUUCAGAUCGAGCCGGUCGCAGCCUCCAUCUAUCUGACAAGCAAUUCCCGCAUACGAUUCGGGAAAACAUACCCCAUUGAGAAGAAUGUCAAAGUCAAAGACAUCGGCCAGGUCCAUCCCGGGCACAUAGGCAAGCUUCUCCAAUAUUGGAAGGAUGAAGAUCAAGACCAAGGCUAA